CCUUACACCGCCUUCUGGGCGCGGUAACUAUGGCGAGCCUGGGGAUUGACCCUGAGCAGGAGCCGCUCUUAGGCGACCGCACACCCGGAAGCAGAAAAUAAUAAAGGGUCCAGUAAAAAUAUAAUACUGACCCAGUGCCUUAAAGUGAUAUCAGAACUCAGUGCUGUGGGAUUGAACACUACAUACUUUUUGCUGAGAAUGGGAUGUUAUAGAAACCAAAGAACAUUAUAGGAGCCGAUGGAGAUCUAUUAGAAUUCUGUAUCUUACUAUGUUUUUCAGCAGUGUAGGAUUUUCUAUUGUGAUAAUGUCAAUAUGGCCAUAUCUCCAAAAGAUUGAUCAUACAGCUGAUGCAAGUUUUUUGGGCUGGGUUAUUGCUUCAUUUAGUCUUGGCCAAAUGGUAGCUUCACCUAUAUUUGGUUUGUGGUCUAACUAUAGACCAAGAAAAGAACCUCUUGUUGUCUCCAUCUUCAUUUCGGUGGCAGCCAACUGCCUAUAUGCGUAUGUCCACGUCCCAGCUUCUCAUAAUAAAUACUACAUGUUGGUUGCUCGUGGAUUGGUGGGAUUUGGAGCAGGAAACGUAGCAGUUAUUAGAUCAUAUAUUGCUGGUGCCACUUCCCUUCAGGAAAGAACUAGUGCCAUGGCAAACACAAGUGCAUGUCAAGCAUUAGGUUUUAUUUUAGGUCCAGUUUUUCAGACUUGUUUUGCACUCAUUGGAGAAAAGGGCAUGACUUGGGAUACUAUUAAGCUGCAGAUAAACAUGUACACAGCACCAGUUUUACUUGGCGCCUUCCUGGGAGUUUUAAAUAUCGUUCUGAUCCUUACUAUAUUAAGAGAGCAUCGUGUGGAUGACUCAGGAAGGCAAUGUAAAAAUACCAAUUUUGAGAAAGCAAGUACAGAAGAAAUUCAGGUUCCCCAAGGAUAUAUCGAUCAAGUUGCUGUUGUAGCCACCAAUGUUCUGUUUUUUGUGGUUCUAUUUAUCUUUGCACUUUUUGAAACCAUUGUUACUCCGUUAACAAUGGAUAUGUAUGCCUGGACUCGAGAGCAAGCCGUGUUAUAUGAUGGAAUAAUACUGGCUGCUCUUGGAGUUGAAGCAGUUAUUGUUUUCAUGGGGAUUAAAUUACUUUCCAAAAAGAUUGGUGAGCGUGCUAUUCUCCUGGGAGGACUCAUCGUUGUAUGGGUUGGCUUCUUUAUCUUGUUACCUUGGGGAAAUCAAUUCCCCAAAAUACAGUGGGAAGCUUUGCAUAAUAAUUCAAUCCCUAAUACCACAUUUGGGGAAAUUAUUAUUACUCUCUGGAAGUCUCCACCAGACGAUCACAAUGAAGGACCAACUGGUUGCCCAACUGAACAGGCCUGGUGUCUCUACACCCCCAUGGUCCAUCUGGCCCAGUUCCUCACAUCAGCUGUGCUCAUUGGAAUAGGUUAUCCGUCCUGUAAUGUUAUUUCCUAUACGUUAUAUUCAAAAAUUCUGGGUCCAAAACCUCAGGGCGUGUACAUGGGCUGGCUAACAGCUUCUGGAAGUGCAGCACGGAUUCUUGGACCUGUGUUCAUCAGCCAAGCAUACACUUCCUGGGGCCCACGAUGGGCAUUCAGCCUUGUGUGUGGAAUAGUGGUGCUUGCCAUCAUACUCCUGGGAGCGGCUUACAAAAGAUUGGUCGCUUUUUCUGUAAGGCAUGGAAGAAUUCAAGAGUGACAUCACUAAGACCGUGAUGGAAAGUGCUUGCUAUGUGCAACCUCCUCUUCUAAGGCUCUGCUUGAUCAUUGCUAUGAGUCAGUAUUCAGAAGUCAGGCUGCAGAUAUUAUAUAUUUUGAAUAACAAGAACAUGUAUUGAAUAACACAGGGAACUGUGUGUAAUUGUGAAUAGUAAGAUAAUAUAAAACAUUCUGGAUUCCCAUAAUUUCCUUAUCUCAAAAAACAAAUAUUCUUCACAUAACACCAUUUUUGGGCUUGCAUGAACUCAUGAGUGAAUGGACAAUGGUCUGUAAAUGUGUAGUUAUACUCAAUUGAAAUUGCAGAGGUGUUAAAAUAAUGAGAAUAUCUAUACAGUGACUCAUUAAGAGUUUUGUAUAAAUUACCUAUAACAGAAUGAAAUUAUAAAAAAUUGUUUACCUAAUAGUUUUGUUCAAAGGUACCUUUUAAUUUAUUAUAAAUUUCACUUUCUAUUAUUAACAAGUUUCCUUAUGAAAUAAAAAUCAUGAUUCAUUAAA